AAUGUGGUGACGUAAUCCAUCUAACAAGUUCGAAUCGCGUGGCUGCCUUGGCCGCGUUCUAAGACUGAUGACGCAGUGUACACGUAAUUUAGAACGCGAGCGCUCACUACCCAUUUCGAGUAUUCCACGGGUUAGUUACGGAUCGCGCUUCUCUUCUGGUGAAAUCAUGUCUGUCAGUGAACCUUCCCGCGCUCAGAUGGCAUCGGAAGUGCCUGAGAUUCUGGUAGAUCCCAAGACAUUAAGGUCCUACGGCAGGGAUGAGCUUUUGGGACAGGGCGCUUGUGGCAAAUGCUAUAAGAUGACCGAUCUUGAAACUGGCGACACCUAUGCUGUUAAGGUCAUCCGGCUAUAUUCCUGGGGAGUGGAGGAGGUCUGUGAAGAAGUACAGAUUUUAAAAACACUGCGGCACAAGAAUGUGGUGGGGUUCUCCCACUCUUUCGAAGAUGACAAAUUCAUGUAUAUUUUCAUGGAGUUGUGCAGUGGGCAGACACUCGGUGACAUUUUAAAAGCUCGGGGGACUUUGACUGAGCCCGAAGUGCGAUACUACAUUAACCAGCUGAUUUCAGGGUUAACAUACAUCCACCGGCAAGGUUACGUCCACAGGGACAUCAAGUUGGAAAAUUUAUUUAUCAAUGACCAAAUGGAACUGAAAAUUGGGGAUUUCGGACUGGCGGUCAAGCUGAAGCCGAGGGAGAAAGAAGUGUGUGGUACUCCCGUCUACAUGGCUCCAGAAGUGUGGAAACGAGAGGGCCAUGGAACGGAAGCGGACGUCUGGGCACUGGGCUGUGUCAUAAUCUCUCUAUUGAAGCUGGGAAACUGAUGGGCAAGAUAUUUAGAAUCGACCCACGGGAUCGCCCGUCACUAUCGAAUGUCCGUCGCCACAAGUUCUUCACAAAGGGCUUCACUCCAAAGGCACUGCCAGCUAGUAGCUGCAAUACACCACCACAGCAUAAAGCAGUCAACCCAUUCAAAAAGAUUUUCAACCGUUUCAUGCGCCUGAUACGAAAAAAGCGAUCCAGAGUUGAGCCUUUACGGGAGGAUGCCGAGCAGAGUGGACUUGAGAUCCCCCAGCCUGUGGAGUCACUCCGUGUUCUAGAGGAUGUCAACAGACCAAUGAACAAAUUGACCUGGUCCAGUUGGUCAAAGUGGUUGAGGGACCUGUAGGCAGGCUGUACUCAGCAAGUGCAGUGACGCCCCACACCUGAGUGCCUCCCCCAGCUCCCUGUCCACUCCUGUUUCAAUAAAGUUCUUUUGUGUUUCAAGC